GCUACAGUAGUCAACCAUGAGGUCAAACUACUCGGUGCUUUUCAUUGCGUUGCUAGCGAUGUCGCGGCGGUUUACGACCGUCAGGUCGUCGACCGUGCUAGCCAAGAGUAACAUGUUGAUAUGUCGGAACGACGGCAGUGUCAGUAACGUUGGAGACACCAAAGAGCUGCUACAGAGCCAAAAGUGCAAAAAGAAAUUGAUAGUCACGCUUGCCGUCGAAAGCAAUCAGGGGAAAUCGGAACAAAUACACGCCGUUGUCGACAGCGUCACGGAAGAGGGGAUGUACGAUAAAAUCAAGCUGAAGAAACCGUUUCGCAUUCAAGUGACAAAGAGCAGCACUCGAGUCAAGUACCCGCUGACCUACCGUGGGAGGGUCAACCAUCAGCCCUAUGAAACUAUUGUGAAAAAGCGUCACCCUGCGCCGUGCUGCGGUACCGCUAUAUAUGACCGCUGCACAGAAGGUUGGUUUGAUGGCAGCAAUGCGUGUCCUUGGUGGUACCACGUCAACGAGACGGAGCAUCACCGCUCUCCGCCUUACACAAAGCAAAAGAAGGACCCGGAGACCGGAGCCAACCGAGCGAAAGUCUGGGCAAGUCAGGGCUUUUGCUGUGUGUGCGAAUGGGCCGAGAAGCACGACAGAAUCAAACCUCACGCACGCGGAGGUCGUUCAUGUACUUGGUACAUACACACGUGGGUGAGACACCAAGCGUACGCUCACUGCCUCGCGUUUGACCCACUGUGGGACCGCGUGUACGAAAUACAUCCUCCCUAUCCGACAUUCUCUGUCAACGUGUCAGUGACGGAGGUCGACCGCAUUGUCCGAACGUUCGAAAACUACACUAGAAUGACGUGGAAGAACGUCGGAUACUUCAUGCUUUCGCCCAGAAAUCUGAAGGGAGUGACAGCACAAGGCAGGGUGCAUGGUGAGUACGUUGGUGACCUGCAAGUGUCUAGACAGCUACAGAAACUGGGAAACAAGUACCUGGUGUGGCCAGAGUGGUACUUGCUUGACAAAAAUCAAGGCAGUCAGCAAGACUGGAUAGCGGCUGGACACAACGAGUGGCUUAUCUUAGACAAAUACCUUUUCGAUUUCCGUGGAGAAACGUGCAAUAAGAUUGGGGUGAGCUUCUCUGGCUUUAAGUUUGGUCAGAACACAAAAUGCAGGAGGAAAAAAGGAAGCUGUCUGGAUGCCCAGCCUGUACAUUUUCUGGAAGAGGCGAGAAAUGAACGCAAGUCUAGACGAGGAUCUCCCUAUUUCUUGGACUUCUACGGCAAUUUUGUCGGUUCUGAGCUUCAUGGAAAGUAUCGAGAACCGGGAGAACUAGAAUUCCAGCCACAAGAAAAUUACAACAGUAUCAUUGUUCUGACCCUUGAUGCCACAGACAUCGCUCUUGUUUACAACAGAAGUCCGGGACGACUGGUCGAAGCCCAUGCUGAAGAUUUCGAGGCUUUGUCAAAGAGUGGAAUGAUCAGUGUCAUAGUCCUAAACACAGGGCAAGUGGCCUCUGAUUAUACGGUGACCGUCAGUGGGUGUUCGUCGGGUAUUGGUAUAGUUCCAUCCAAAAAGGCAACGAUAGACCCCGGAUUAACAAAAGUAUUUGAAUUCGAACUGGAGCAGUACUACUUAAAAGGGGGUCUAGGUCUAUGCACAGUGUCACUCUAUGACGUCAAGUUUGUCAAGUUGGAUUCAAUGACUGUCAACUUCACCACAUUCGCGCCUUGCUUCUGUCCAAGAACAUGCAACUGUUCGGCCGGAUGCACUCGUGACCUGAUAGACUGUGCAAAUAUCACAGACAUUGCACCUAGAACUAACUCAUCGAUGGGAUGGGCAUGGCUCGGCAAUGCACUGUCCAAAGUUUGGAGUGCCAUUAAAGGCGUCUUCAGUUCUCUAUGGUCAGGUCUGUUGACUCUGAUCGGCACUCUACUGCUCCUUGGUAUGAUCAAAGUAGCAAUAGGCGUGUGUAUGAAAGCAAGUAAAGGUCUCGAGUCUGAUGGAGGACCGGCUCAACAAGAUGAAGUAGUAAAAACAAAAGAAGUGGUCGCUGGAAAAACAGGGAUCAGUAGCUGGUUGCUGACCGUGAAGCAAAACCGUAAUAUUGCUCUACUAAAGGGAAUGUUUUACUUUGUGUACUGUCCCUUUAUACCCUGUUUUGUCAUCGUUCGACAUGUCAUAGCACAAAUUACCACCAAAAAAGAGCUGAGAAAAGAAAGGAAAGAAAGGAAAAUGAAAGAACUGGUAAACGAACUUUCACUAGAUAAAGAGGACGACGAAGACAGUGACAGCAGUGAAACAGAUACCAGUAUUGUCGUGAGAGAAGAAUUAAAGGAACUAGACUAUGGCCUGUCGGAUGAAUACUCAAUGUCAGAGGUCGAGACAAGCGAUGAGCCUCAAGACAUCGACGAACUACUGGAUUACAAAUAUCCAGUUUUCUUUAACUUUUGUAAAGUUAACAGUCAAGAUCUUCAUCCCGACCUUGAGAAUCCAGGAAGAAGUUACAGCCUCUGUGGCCAACUGCAAUCGACUUCUGACGUCGACGACUAUCACAUCUUCGACACAUACAAAUACAACAAACAGAUGAUUCAAAUCAUAAACGGCAAAGUCGAGAAGCUAGACACGCCGAUUGAUCUCCCUGACUACAAUCAGCUAAUGGAUACGGACACAACCUUGCAGUUUAUAACCUACAAGCCACUGUUUCCUUGUUUGAACCGUCGGUAUCAACGAGUUAAAAAAACUAAAGCCUCGUAAUGACGGACUAAGUACAAACCGUAUUUCCACAACUUUCAAAGUUGCGUCUUUAAUUCAUAAAACGCUAAUAUAUACUCACAGCUAGAA